UGUGCGAGUGAGCAUUCUCUGAUUUUGUUGUCUACAGCGAGCGGCGAUUUCCGAACUGGCCUCCUUCUGAUUUCUCGUCUCUCUGUGACUCUCCGGGGUACGUUAACAAAGAUGGCUGAGCGAUUGUUACAAUCUUUUAAAAGGGUGGCUGGCAAAUGUCAUCCGGAUUGCGUUAAAGCAAAUAAUGAGAUAGAAGAUUACGAUGCGUCUCAGUCUGCAGCUUUGGUAGCCGUGAAUCUGAUUAGCUCAGCACGUCUUGUGCUCAAGCUCGACACUGAGUUUACUGAGUACUCAGCUCAGUUUUUGAUUGAUAACGCUGGGAAGGAAGACGAGCCAGGAGAAAUGGAUCAACAACGCUGUCAGGUCACUGACGAAAACAUCCUUCGGUACUUGGCUGAAAAUGUUUGGUCCAAGAAGGUACAUGGGCAGGGAGAAGUGGAUCGACAACGCUGUCAGCUCACUGUCAAGGACUGCCUUGAACUUGCGUUUAAGAAAGGGCUACCGAGAAGAGAACAUUGGGCUCAUUUGGGAUGUACGUCCAAGGUUCCCCCAUUUGCUUGUCAGAUCCCUCGCGUUCCCGUGAAAGGAGAAGUGAUUGAGGGUAAGACUUUGGAAGAAGGAUUCAAGCUGUUGGAGCAUCAACCAGUGGGAGCUAAACUGCAUUUGUUCAGUCCGCAGAUUGAUCGUGUUGGAGAGGGAAUUUACGAUGGCUUUGGGUCAGGUGAAACACGUUAUGUUGGACUUAGGGAUGUGAUUAUAGUUGCAGUGGAGAAGUUCGAGGGAGAUACUGUUGCGGUCGUGAAGAUAUGCUACAAGAAGAAGACUUCAUAUAUCAAAGUAUCGUUGACUCGCAUGUCUCUCUCAUUGCCACAUAAUGGUGACGACUCUCAGGCCAUAGGGCCAACAGGUCUGCUUGUUGACUUCUGUGUCCCGCGCUUAUCUAUCAACUAAACAAGAGCGCUAAGAUCUUGGUAAGUUCUGGAGAACUAUAUGCUCUAGUUCUGGAACAUGUUUGUGGUCCUAUAUUAAGGAUGUUUUGUGAGACUUAUGUUCUGUUUAAGAAGUUGAGUAUCUUGAAAACCCUAUGUUUGUUUUGGUACCCUGUUUGUGGUUUUAAAUUAAAGAUUGUUUUAUGAGACUUUUAUCUGUGUUUUAAGAAGUUGUUCUCUACUUUCUAAGUGAGUCUCUGAUUUCAUAACUAGGUCUCUCUGGUUCAUAACAUCUAUAGGUCUAUUUACAUUUGAUUUUAUUUUA